AUGGCAUCCAAGCUAUUCAGUCCAAAACAUCUGCGCGUCUUCUCCCCGAGGCCGCAGAUGCUGGAUGAGGCGUUCUGCUACGGCCCGUUUAACCGUAGCAUGCAGAGGAGGUGGAAGAAGCCGGUGGACUCAGCGCGGACUCGCCUGGAGGGCAGAACAAGGGACCACAGGCUGGACAAGCUGAUGAUCCAACUCAAGAACCUGAGGCUGGCCUUGGACUUGCACGCCGUCAUAUCCCAGCAGAGGAACGGCUACGCGUCUCUCCAGCUACUUCUGAGGUGGAGGCGUGAGAUCGGCCUCAACACCGAGAUCGGCGCUUUCCUUAAGAAAUACCCCCGCAUUUUCGAGAUCUAUGUGCACCCUGUCAAAAGGAACCAUUGCUGCAGGAUCACCCAGAAGAUGGCUGAUCUGGUCGCGGAAGAAGAUGCUGUUCUCAGGGAAAACGAAUCCGCUGUGGUUCAGCGGCUCAAGAAACUUCUCAUGAUGUCUACGGACGGAACUCUCAAUAUGCAUGCGUUAUGGCUCAUAAGGAAGGAGCUUGGUCUGCCUGAUGACUACAGGUCUUCUAUGCUGCCAAACCAUCUGUCUGAUUUUUCUCUUGAAACCCCUGAUACUCUGACAUUGAUCACCAGGGAUGAGAAUCUAGCUGUUGCUAGUGUCGAAGAAUGGAGGGACAAGGAGUAUACAGAAAAAUGGUUGGCAGAAUAUGAGACCAAAUAUGCUUUUCCAGUAAACUUCCCUACAGGCUUUAAGAUUGAGAAAGGUUUUAGGGAAAAGCUUAAGAAUUGGCAGAGGCUUCCCUACACCAAACCUUACGAGAAGAAUGAUUUGCAUCCAAUCACCAACGCUGAGAGGCUUGAGAAACGUAUUGUUGGUAUUCUUCAUGAACUCUUAAGCUCGACAGUCGAAAAGAUGCUGCCACUGGAGAGGUUGUCACACUUCAGGAGACCAUUUUUGAUGGAGGUAAACUUGCGGGAACUUCUUCUUAAGCACCCUGGCAUUUUCUACAUCUCGACUAAAGGAAGCACGCAAACUGUGCUUCUUAGGGAGAGUUAUAAUAAAGGAUGUUUGGUUGAGCCAAACCCUGUUUAUAGCGUGCGAAGGAAAAUGCUAGAGCUGAUUUUGGCCGGAUGUCGGGGCAUUGUUCAAACUGAAAAUGCCAUCUCGCUUGUUGAGGAGGAUAGCCAGGGAAGCAGUCAUGGGUCACAGAAUCACACAUGCCAGGUGGAUAACAUGAAUUCCAUGUCACAGUUUGAAAGUGACUCCUCUGUAGAGUCAUUUUCUUGA